AAUUUAAUGGGGUUUAUGUUUAUUUCACAAAGUUCAAAUCUUUAGCCUCAUAUAACACUUUUCAAUUCUUUGAUUUUUUUUUUUUUCUCAAUGGUUGGUGGCAGACAAUACUCAUCUUUCUCAAUGAAAUCUUUAAUCACCAAAAUCACUAGAUCUCCCAGAUUCUUACUAAUCACCAUUAUCCUCACAUUAAUCUUAAUCUUUCUAUACUUAACCUUGUCAUUAUCAGCAUUCCAAACAAACCCCAUAUCCAAAUACAAGUCAUAUACAAGCCCAAAUAAUAUUCAGUACUCUUUUGUGGAUUCACUUGAACAGUUUUUGGAGAAAACCCAGCUGCCAAAAUCACAUUCUGAUGAUUCUGUCAAUGAACCAGAAGUUGUUUUGCAGGAAAAAGUGAAAAAGUUGGAUGCUUUGAUUUGGAAAAAUGAAAUUGAAAGGGUUUAUCAAAAUUCGGCUUUUUCGCCUGUUAGGGUUUAUGUAUAUGAUAUGCCUGAUAGGUUUACUUAUGAUAUGCUUUUGUUGUUUCGGAAUACGUAUAGGGAGACUGUUAAUCUUACGUCUAAUGGUAGUCCUGUUCAUCGCCUUAUCGAACAGCAUUCGAUUGACUACUGGUUGUGGGCAGAUUUAAUUGCUACGGAGUCUGAAAGGAAAUUGAAAAGUGUUGUACGAGUUCAUCGUCAAGAAGAGGCCGAUCUGUUCUAUGUGCCAUUUUUUACGACUAUCAGCUACUUCUUGUUGGAGAAACAACAAUGCAAGGCGCUUUACAGGGAAGCUUUGAAGUGGGUUACUGAUCAACCUGCAUGGAAACGAUCAGAAGGAAGAGAUCACAUCUUUCCAAUUCAUCAUCCAUGGUCUUUCAAAACUGUUCGCAAAUUUGUGAAGAAUGCAAUAUGGCUGUUACCAGAUAUGGACUCCACAGGAAAUUGGUACAAGCCUGGUCAAGUUUCACUUGAAAAGGAUUUGAUACUUCCUUACGUUCCCAAUCUUGAUCUAUGUGAUUCCAAAUGCUUAUCAGAAAGUGCAUCAAGAAGAACAACGCUGCUUUACUUUCGUGGGAGGCUUAAAAGAAAUGCUGGCGGAAAAAUUCGCUCUAAACUUGGGUCAGAACUUGGUGAUGCUGAUGAUGUAAUUAUUGAAGAGGGAAGUGCUGGCGAGGCGGGGAAAAUAGUUGCACAAAGUGGCAUGCGCAAGUCUGUGUUUUGCCUGAGUCCAGCUGGUGAUACACCAUCGUCUGCUAGACUGUUUGAUGCCAUUGUUAGUGGUUGCAUACCUGUUAUAGUCAGUGAUGAGCUUGAGCUUCCUUUUGAAGGAAUAAUUGAUUAUCGUAAGUUCUCUUUAUUUGUUGCUUCAAGUGAUGCUGUGCAGCCAGGCUGGCUUCUGGAAUACCUGAGAAGUAUUAAACCUACUCAGAUAAGAGAAAUGCAAGAUAAUCUAGCCAAGCAUGUGAGACAUUUCUUGUACUCCCAUCCUGCUCAACCGUUGGGGCCAGAAGACUUGGUUUGGAGAAUGAUGGCCGGUAAACUAAUGAACAUCAAGCUUCACAUACGAAGGUCACAACGUGUCGUGAAGGAAUCGAGAAGCAUUUGCAUGUGUGACUGCAGGCGUCCCAACAUUACUAGCCUACCGCCUCCUUGACGGGUUUGGCUGAAAAAUCCCUCACGUUGUUGUUCCAUUUUCUAAACAUUACAAAAAUUAAUUUCCAAUUAUUAUUCUUUUGUUAUAGGGAGACGUAUGUAAAAGACUAUUUGCUUUCAACUACUCUGGUAUAGAAAAGUUGGUUUUGAGGCAUAAAAGAAUCAUAGAAAAUAAAAUAGUUAUGCUUAAUUUGUGGGAAA